UGGGUCCACCUCUUAUGGGACCAGCUCCUGUCUCCCAGGACCACCUUCUCCCUCCUGGGUUCACCUCCUCCCAGGGACCACCUCUCUCCUCCUUCCAGCAGAGAGGUGGACCACCUCUCAUGGGUCCACCUCUCCUGGGUCCACAUCCUCUCCUCUCUCCUGGGACCACCUCCUCUCUCCCAUGUUCACCUCCUCUCCCCUCGGGGAUCUCCAGAUCUUCCUCAUUCAGCGUUAAGGAAGCAGAGCUGUACUCUCCAGGAAUGCCUUCCGAGAGACAGCUUUCACCCAAAAGCAGCAGCAAGAAUCCGCUGUCACCAAGUGGAAGCGGCGAGAAACUAACGUCCGGCGAGACAUCGGUCCCUCGGGAUGAGAGCAGUGUAGAGACGCUGGUGAAGAAACUGCUUCAAUCAUCAGCUGUCCAGUCUUUGUCAAAGCAGCAGAUAGAUGUGGAGAGCCUGGUGAAAACUCUGACUCCGGUUUUCCUGGACGAGUUCAACAAAUUAACCUCAACACCUGGAUCAUCAGAGGCGCCUCAGACUGAAAGCACAGCCGGUUUCCUGCCAAAUCACCAGUCUUCUGGACCCCAGAAGCCUCCUGUGACUUCAACUGAGCAGAAAAUGGCUAUGGAAAUGAAAUCUCAGCCAUCAAACAGAAUUGAAGCCGUGAAAGUGAAGGAGAAACCAAAGAAUGAAACUGAGUUAAAACGUCCGGCUAUCACACCUGGUGAAAGUAAACCAGCAUCAAACAAAAAUCCGGCGCCGGUGAUUUCCUCAGAUGAUCUGACUGUUGGGGAGAAGAUAGAAAAAUGCUUUGAUCCCAAACUGCUUUGGCCUGUUGAAUCCAAAGGUUCCAUUUUAGAACCAGAACUCUUGAUAACCAACCUUCCAAAGUAUUACGACGGCUGCUACACAGAGGAUGAUGUCGUCGCUCUCCUCCAACCUUUUGGGUUUAGGAACAACUCUGACAUUUAUGUGAUUCCUCAGAAACAACUGGCUGUUGCUUUCAUGCCGCAGGUGAAAGGGCUGAGGAAAGCUCUCACACAGUUUAGUCGCGGCAUGUUUUUCAAAGGAUCUAAACUAUCCGUACAGGCUUGUAGAGCAGUGACUGGUUGGAAACCUGGGAAGCCUACAUCGCUUUGCCUUUACAAAGCUUUGAUGCGGUGCUUAAAACAUAACAUGACUGAUAAUGGAGAAAGAAUAAUCUGCAUUCAUCACAUCUCACCCAGCGAGGCCCGCGACCUCCGGACGGCUCUGAGGAAAAUUGGUUCUGUGAGGAACUUCCUGCCUCUGCUCAACAAGGUUUUUGUUGAGUUUGAGUCGAAGCAAGAUGCGGAUCGGCUUGGAGUUUGGCACAGCUUCCUGAAACGAGGCCGUAAACACACCGUGGAAAGGCUGAAGAUGGUUGUGGCCUCCAGUGUAGCUCUGCCCCCCAAGCUUCCUGCUCAGGCUCUGCCGGACGCCAGCGACGCCGUCGCUACUGCGAGGGUCCCUAUUGCCAACGGUGUCAUCAAAGAUUGUGCCGAUCCUCCAUUUUGGGUCACGAUGUCGACGGCGCCGUACAUGUUUCCCACCAUGUCUCCGUGGUUCGACAUCCCUGCUUUCCAGACGGUGAAAGAGGUUGGCGACAUAAAGAAAGCUCUCCCUCAGGCCUCCCAGUUCUCCACCGUCAUGCUGACUGGUUUCCCUCAGUCGAUAAGGAGUCAAAGUUUUGUGGCCCAGUUGUUCUCGAGUUAUUUCACCAAAGGUCACUCGUGGUCUGUGAACGUCCUGUCACUGCAGAGGAGGGCCUUCGUGUUUUUCCCUUGUUGGGAUUCUUGCCACAGCUUUCUCGAGGGCUACUUGAUCCGUAAACCUUCUCCUGGCAAAGACUUUGUCCUCAAAGUCCACUUGGUCUUAGAGGACAUGCAUCCAGGAGACACCGAGGAGACGAUGUACAAGAAUCUGAUGAGAUGGAGCAACGCUGACGUUUCAGAGCCCGAGUCCCUCAGCCAGCGGCUGAUAUGUGUGACCUUCUCUGACGUCACCCUGAGCGUCAUUCAGAGCGUUCUGAUGGCGGUCGCGUCCCUCGCUCCGUUUGUCAACUACCUGGUCCUCGCUGAACGCGUGUACAUAGAAAUGUGUGACUCCAGCAGCGUAGCGCUGGUGUUGGACCUCCUGUUGUUUAAACGUCUGUCUGAGGAAGAGAAGAAGAAGAUUAAUGAUUGUGAUCAGAAGAAGAAGAAAGACGUUUGGAGGAAACUUGAAAAUGUCCACCUGUUCAAGGUUAAAAAUGUCCGACUUGUGCAGAGGCAGCCCCCAGCAGGGGGCGCUGUUCCAGGACUGGCUGAGGGAGCUCCAGAUAAAACCCGGCCUGCUGGUGUGGAAGCUGCAGCCUGUGAACAGCAGCAGACCGAAGCAGCUGAGGAAGAGGAUGUUGGAACAGAUUCAGCCGAAGAUCGGACUGAAAACAAAAGUUGCACUCAGGAACCCCAAACUCCUGCAGACAAGUUGUCUAAAGAGGAAGAAGAGCUGAUCGAUUGUGUAACAGAUCAGAAAGACGAACUGAAAGAAGAAGAGGAGAAACCAGCAGAGAAGCAGAAAACGGCCGGUGAAGAGUCUGAGAUGAGAGGCGGAUCUGCAGCCAAAGACGAGACGAGCAGCAGCGAAGACGUCCUGGCGACUCGCGUCUCUGAAAACACAGCAGCUGGGAACUCAGGAGGGGACGAUGAACCAGAAGAAGAACCGACAGCUAGGAGAGAGAACGUUUUGACCAGUGAGAGCCGCGCCAAGAUAACGGAGUCUAAAACCAACGAAGAAGAGAUGCCAGCUGAGAAACAGAAAACAGCUGGUAAAGAGUCUGAGAUGAGAGGCGGAUCUGCAGCCAAAGACGAGACGAGCAGCAGCGAAGACGUCACAGCAGGGGGGCAAAAUGAAGAAGAAGAAGAAAAGGAGGCCUCCACAAAGCCUGAGCAGGAAGUCGGAGCAGAAACUCUGAGAUCUGCUGACGGCUCGGAUCGAAGCAGCCCAGUUUUAGAUCAGAGUGUGAACGCUGCAGCAGCUGAGACGGAGGAGACGGAACAGGAAGUGACAUCAACCAGAAAACGAGGCCGACCCAGGAAGAAACCCAGAAAGACUCCUGUGAGAAAAUCUGCUGGAGGAAAACCUGAGAACCUUGAAGAAAACACAGAAGAAGAAGAAACCAAAUCACUUCCUGAGACGGAUGCUGAAGAUCCUGACCGACAGAACCUGGACAGACGCUUGGAGGAAGAGGAGGAGGAUGAUGAAGGAUGCAGCAGGGCGUACGGAGAAGCUUUGGAAGAGGAGACGGUUCCAUCAGUUUUAGAUCAGAGUGUGAACGCUGCAGCAUCAUGUGAGCUGGAGGAGACGGAACAGGAAGUGACAUCAACCAGAAAAAGAGGCAGACCCAGGAAGAAACCCAGAAAGACUCCUGUGAGAAAAUCUGCUGGAGGAAAACCUGAGAGCCCUGAAGAAAACGGAGAAGAAGAAGAAACCAAAUCACUUCCUGGUGCGUCGCUGGAUUCUUCUUCUGCUGUGUUGGGGCACGUCAAGACGGAGAUGGACACUGAAGCUGCUGAAGGUCCAGACAAACAGAACCUGGACGGACGCUUGGAGGAAGAGGAGGAGGAUGAAGAAGCAGUAACCUGUAAAAAACAAAGGCAGUCUCCUUGUACCGUUGGUGAUUUUAUCCUGCCUCCUUUCAACCCUGACAUCUCCUUUGGCGAGGAGUUUACGGCUCGUAAACUGGGAUAUUUCUGCUCCCUCUGCUCUGUUUUCUACGUGCUGAAGAGCAACGAAGAGGACACUCACUGCUGCAGCAGAAAUCAUUACGACAACCUGCUGAAACAUUCGCAGAUGAAAGAAGAGCAACCUUCACCGCCUCCAAAAAGGAAAACCAGAAACUCUCGAUGAUCCUGUUUUUAUUUCUCCUUUUAAAAUUUAUUAAAACUUCUAGUCUGCUUCGAUUGGGCAGAUCCAUUUGUAAACUGUGAAUUUGUUUAAGAUGAUUCCCUUCACAUUCAAUAUUUCUAAAAAAAAAUAAUUUUCUAGCCUUGAUUUAAAGGAACUGGAACUCGGUGUUUCAGCAGUUUUCUGGGAAUUUGUUACAGAUCUGCAGUGCACAGAUUCUGUGGUUCUGAUUCUGAUGAAGCUACAGAGAGGGUAAGAGUGUAGGCACUUUAGAACUGAGGUGAUGUUUUAGUCAGAACACCUGCAGCAGCGUUCUGGAUCAAAUCCAAUUGAUUUUUUUUAGGCAGACACAAAGAUAAACACGUUUAUUUCUCUAACUGGGACAUUCAGGCGGGAGAAGGCUGACGUUUUUUGUAAUUAUGCGUCUCUGAAGGUUCAGGUUGUUCAUGCUGCCAUCUUUAAAUGGCUGUGAGUGACGGGGUAAAAACAACACAGCCUUCAGUUACAUUUGGCCUGAAUGCAGGACUUUUAUUAUGAGUUGCAUCCAAGUGUGUAAAAAUCUCAACCCACAACAAUAAGAUUCAACACCCACACUUGUUCUUGUGUUGACAUAAAAAUACAUUUAUAUUUCUCAUUUUUUCUAUUUUUUUUUUUCAUUGACAUACCAAAAAACACAAAUUUGUCCUUUCUCAUUUUAGUUGCAGGCUUUGUUAAAAUAUCAGUUGCUAUUUCUGUUGUUGAAAAGUGACUGAGUUAUUUUUCCAUCACUGAGUGCUAAUCAUAUGUCCAAUGUCAAUGUCUUUGCACCUUGGGCGAUAAACUGGACUUUUAGAAAGAUAAAUUGUGCCUUGAUUGAAUGUGAAUAUUUUUAAGGACAAAGUACAUUCCUUGUUGAAAUUUGCUACACAAAUAAACUUGACAUGUAAUAACUGAA